UGUUGCCAGCAGCCCGUGCUCUCAGAGAUCAGGCUUUGGUGACGCAGCCCAGGACAGAGGCUGUACCAUGCCGACUCCGACGGGAGCAGGGAACUGCUGACGCUCCUGCUGCACCGGGCUUCGUGUCUCUUACAGUUUCUGAGAGCGAUGGACAAGCUCAAUAAAAUCACAGUCCCUGCCAGUCAGAAGUUGAGGCAGCUUCAGAAGAUGGUCCAUGACAUUAAGAACAAUGAAGGUGGAAUAAUGAACAAAAUUAAAAAGCUGAAAGUCAAAGCACCUCCAAGUGUUCCUCGGAGGGACUACGCUUCAGAGAGCCCUGCUGACGAAGAGGAGCAGUGGUCGGACGACUUCGACAGCGACUACGAGAACCCGGAUGAGCACUCGGACUCGGAGAUGUACGUGAUGCCCGCCGAGGAAAACGGGGACGACAGCUACGAGCCACCCCCAGCCGAGCAGGAGGCCAGGACGGUUCACCCAGCCCUGCCCUUCACCAGGGGCGAUUACAUAGACAACCGGUUAAGCCAGAGGCAGUCCCCACCCAUCAGCAAGACGCUUCCCAGUAAGCCCAGCUGGCCUUCAGCGAAAGCAAGGCUCGCCUCCACCCUGCCGGCCCUGACUGCUCUGCGGAAACCUGAAGUCCCACCCAAACCCAAAGGUCUCCUUGAGGACGAGGCCGACUACGUGAUCCCUCUGGAAGACAACGACGAGAACUACAUUCACCCCACAGAAAGCAGUUCACCCCCAUCGGAUAAAGCUCCUUUGGUGAACAGAUUGACUAAGCCCAGCAGUUCCUCCAAGCCCGCCUCUCCUCCUGGGACAGCUUCAGGUCGAAACAGCGGGGUCUGGGAAUGCAAGCCACCGCCUUCCCCUGCUGCGCCGUCCCCACUGCCAAGGGCAGGGAAAAAACCAGCUACCCCACUGAAGGUGACUCCAGUUGCCUCGCAACAGAACUCAUCAAGUGUUUGUGAAGAAAAACCUAUACCUGCUGAACGUCACCGAGGGUCCAGUCACAGACAGGAAGCUGUCCAGUCAACUGUGUUUUCUCCUGGCCAGAAACAAAUUCAUCAAAAACCCAUCCCUCUACCAAGAUUUUCAGAAGGAGGGAGCCCAACUGUGGAUGGACCAUUACCCAGCUUUUCAUCUAAUUCCCCCAUAUCAGAACAGGAAGCUGAUGUUCGUUGUAAACCCUGGUAUGCUGGUGCCUGCGACCGGAAGUCUGCCGAGGAGGCCUUGCACAGAUCCAACAAGGAUGGAUCAUUUCUUAUUCGGAAAAGCUCUGGCCAUGAUUCCAAACAACCAUACACACUAGUUGUAUUCUUUAAUAAGCGAGUAUAUAAUAUUCCUGUGCGAUACAUUGAAGCAACAAAACAGUAUGCUUUGGGCAGAAAGAAGAACGGUGAAGAGUACUUCGGAAGCGUGGCCGAAAUCAUCAAGAACCAUCAGCACAACCCCCUGGUUCUUAUCGACAGUCAGAACAACACAAAAGACUCCACAAGACUGAAAUACGCAGUUAAGAUCUCUUAAAGGAAAACAAGGUUGAUGUUAUUGCUUCAGACUUUUUCCCCCAACUUUCUCCUUUUGAGAAAAAGCCUCAAAAACUUCAUAUCUUGGACUAUGAGUCACCGGUAAUAAAGUAGAAGUUGGAAGCAGCUAUUGAGGUUGUCAUCCAUUUCUUUAUAAGAAGCUCACAUGGACUUGUUCUACCUAUCACCUGGCCCGAUGAACUGUUAAUAUCUGGUGAGGUUGAGGUAUGCUGUUAAUAUCCUUCGAAUAAAUGUCUUUAUUUAAAAUAAAUAGGUGUAAAGUAUUUGCAGUCAUGUAAGAAAAAUAACACUCUUUUUUUCAAAAAUAAGAAAACAGUAUUCUUGGAUAAAACAAAACUGCUGAAAAUUUAGGACUCCAUAGUUACCACUGGUGCAUGAGUGUGGCUGGCCUAUCUACUGUCAGUGCUUGGUGGCCUGAUUAAAAUUUUAACAUGCAGAAA